ACGGCUUCCUUCUUCCCGAGCCUCUGGUAGGAGACGGCUGUGCCACCGCGUCUGCAUGCUACAAGAGACAGAGAACAGAAAAAUAGAGGGACAGAGCUGCCGGCGCCCUACGGUCCCUGGAUGGAGAUUGCCCACGGCCUGCCUCAGCUGAUUGCGAGCCGUCAGCUCCGCUCACAAGUUCACCAGAUGCCGCAGCUGAGCACCCGCCACCUCCGAGGGCGCGAGGAGCUGCACUUGGCACAUCUGGUGCUCAGCUUCAUCACGAUGGGCUACCUCUGGCAGGAGGGUGAGGAGGGCACUGUGAAGGUCCUGCCCCGGAAUCUUGCUGUCCCCUUCUGGGAGGUCUCGCGGGCCCUUGGCCUCCCACCCAUCCUCAGCCAUGCGGACUUCGUGUUGGCCAACUGGAGGAGGAAGAACCCCAAUGGGCCUUUGGAAAUUGAGAACCUGGACACCAUCAUCUCGCUGCCUGGGGGAGAGAGCCUGCGAGGCUUCAUCCUCGUCACCCUCCUGGUUGAGAAGGCAGCUGUGCCUGGGAUUAAGGCCGUUGUUGAGGCCAUUCGUGCCAUCCUGCGGCGCGAUGAGGAGACCCUGUGCAAAGCCCUGCAGGAGCUGGCAGAAGCCAUCGGGAACAUGAGCAAGGCUUUGAAACGCAUGCACGACUAUGUGGAUCCAGCAGUAUUUUACUCGGUGAUCCGGAUCUUUCUCUCUGGCCCCCGGUAUCAGCCGCCCCGCAGCCGCUCCCUGCCUGACUGCCGCAUCUUCCCGCUCAGCUGGAAAGACAACCCCGCCAUGCCAGACGGGUUGAUAUACGAAGGCGUAUCUGACGAGCCCAUGGCGUACUCGGGAGGGAGCGCGGCGCAGAGCACCGUCCUUCACGCUUUUGACGAGCUCCUGGGCAUUCGCCAUAGCGAGGAGAGCACUGCCUUCCUGCACAGGAUGAGGGACUACAUGCCCCCGCCCCACAGAGCCUUCGUGGAGGAGAUCCAUGCUGCCCCCUCCCUGAAGGAGCACGUGGUCUCCUCCGGAGACGCGCGGCUCUGCGCCGCUUUCAACCAGUGCAUCGCUGCGCUGGCAGACUUCAGGUCCUACCACAUCACCAUCGUCACCAAGUACAUCACCGUCGCGGCGGACAAAGCCAAGGCCAGGCGGGCAGAGCCGGGAGACAGGGCUGGCCCCUCUGCAGGGAAGCCUCCAUCCGCGCUGGAGGCCAAAGGGACUGGUGGGUCCCACAUCUUCAGCUUCCUGAAGAGCGUCAGGGACACCACCAAGGAAGGGAUGAUAAGCGCCUGACUUGCCCUGAGGGUUUGCGAGGCACUGCUCAAAGCGGGGCAGGAGGCCAAACUGCUCGGCUGCUUGUCUGCAGCCCGCAAGCCAAAAUCUGACUGCAGCGACGUUCACAGAAAACCUCGUCUCAGCAGCCCCCCUUCCCGCUUGCACAGGUCUGGGACAUGGAGAAUGUGCUCCGGGUUGUUGAUGGAGGAGAGCACUGCUGCUCAUGGCCCCUGAAAGGCAAGCAGCGAGCUCAGCAUCCUUCCAUGGCACUGGGAUGGGCACAGCAUCCUUCCACAGUACCAGAAUGGGCAUGGCAUCCAUCCACGGUGCUGGGAUGGGCACAGCAUCCUCCCACGCUACCAGGAUGGGCACCGCAUCCUUCCACAGUGCUGGGAUGGGCACAGUAUCCUUCCAUGGUACCAGGAUGCGCACUGCAUCCUUCCACAGUGCUGGGAUGGGCACCGCAUCCUUCCAUGGUACUGGGAUGGGCACCGCAUCCUUCCAUGGUACUGGGAUGGGCACCGCAUCCUUCCAUGGUACUGGGAUGGGCACAGCAUCCUCCCACGGUACUAGGAUGGGCACCGCAUCCUUCCACGGUGCUGGGAUGGGCGCAGCAUCCUUCCACGGCACUGGGAUGCGCACUGCAUCCUUCCACGGCACCGGGAUGCGCACUGCAUCCUUCCACAGCACCGGGGUGGGCACCGCAUCCUUCCACAGCACUGGGGUGGGCACCGCAUCCUUCCACACACCCAGGAAGAGCCGUGUAUGUCCCUGCCUUGCUCACUGUGUCCCACCAGGCUCGCUCCCCGCGACACCCCGGGGGUCGGGGCUGCCGCCCCGCUGCGGGGCCGCAGGCGCGGCUGGACACGGGUGGGGUCACACGGGCUAAUAAAGCAGCGAUCCCCAACCGCA